AUGUCUUCGAGGGGUCGCAGUUCUGGUUCCAGGAGUAGCUCGAGCCGUAGGACCAGUUCACAUCCAGCACCGACUUCGUUAAGUAAUCCUCAGCCUUCGGCAGCUAAGCCUUCUUUGUUUGGAUGGCAAGAAACGGCGGCCCGGCCAGCACAGAAGCAAUCUAAUAAACAGAGUCACUCAUAUCCCUCAAGCCAAACCGGUCUUUCUGGUAGUAAUCCCGCUAAGCAACCGGCAACGUAUCAAGAAAGUAUUCAAAGGAGUCACGCACCGAUUCCAGUACAACAGAUUCCGCAAAGAGGCGCACCUCAAUCUCAAGCAAGUGAUACAUUGAGCCAUUCGUACCCAGUUUCGAACGGUUUGUCUGGUAACUCCAAGCCUAAUAGUUUAUCUGGUUAUGGUGCUAGUUAUCCUCAGCAGCAAAAUAAUGGAGGUUUAUCUGGUGCCGGAUAUCCUCAUCAACAAGCGCCGCCGCCAUAUAGCGCAGUAGACGCUAAUCGACCUCAUACCGGUAGACAACCAGUGAACAAUAUUGGAAACAAUUACUACCACCCCCAGGGGCCGCCUCCGCCAUAUUCCAAUUUCCCAAACAGCUAUGGUGGAUAUGGAGGGCACGGCUACAAUCCAGGAUAUAGUGCGCAAGCACCAGGGUAUUUUGGUAAUUAUGUAAAUACUGGUAAAAGUUUUGGUGGAAUGAGUCGGACAGGUUCAGCACUCACAGGCGUUGGAAUCGCUGGAGCCGGUGUCGGAACUAUUUUAACAGGUCUAGCAUUGUGGAACUUGGCUCGCUCAACAGGCCACCAUCAUCACACUGUAAUUUACGACAACAGAGGUCAGCCUGUUGCUGUAGCUCCUGGUAAUAGUACAGAACCUGUAGUUGAUUCUGUAUUAGGAGAUUUGGUGAAUUGCACACUUACUAUUACUAACAAUAAUGUAUCUGAAAUUUUGGCCAUCCCAUGUGCAAUAGCUACUUCAUUUACACCGGACGCGGAUGUUAAAGAUCCGCAUAUAAAUAAUAAUACAAAGGACAACACCGAAUGCAUAAUUACUGUUGUAACAAAGACUAACAGAGAAUUUAUGACCACCAUACCAUGUUCAAUACUUUUAAGCACCGCUGCAAGCAAUAAUGUGACCGAACCACCAAUUCUUGAAGCUAGUACAGAAAUUAAUAAUGGAACAUUAACGCCUUUAGAUAAUGCAUCUAAUAAUCAACCUGUAGCUCUUCGACUUUCUACUGACAACAGCAUUGAAUACAAUACAAAGCUGAAUUGCAUUCCCGAACUCGGUGAGUUAAGAGACCCAAUUAAUCCUUGUUUUACUGUAGGAAGUAACUUGACGGUUAUUCCUCUCACUCCUACAGAUAAACCAAAGGAUGAAGGUGAUCGU